GAAAUUCUCCAUCAGCAUGUCUACAAGACAUACGAGAACCAAUCCUACCCCCAGGAAUGGCGAAACCUUCCAGAGGUUCCAUCGAAAGCCGAGAUAUGCCCACCUCCGAAGAGUAUGGUGGACAAAGCCGAUGGGAAUGCCCAACAAGACAAAAACUUCCUUGAUUAUCAGCAAGAGCCGUUGUACGACCCAAACCUCCCUCAUAACAUUGUUGACGGACCUUGGCCUUCAAGAGAGGCAUACCUUGGUACUCACUACCAGAUUCUGCGAGAGGAUGCGAUUGCGCCACUACGUGUGGCAGUUGCUGAGUUCAAGAAAUGCCCUUCUCUGGUGGACGAUAACGAGAUCUGCGUCUACAAAGAUGUGACACUCAAAGGACUUGCCUUGAGCAAAACUGGUGUCGGCUUCCGAGUAACAUUCUCCCCCCAAAAGCAGAUCAAGUGGAAACAAUCGAAGCGAUUACUUCAGGGAACCAUGGUUGCCUUGAGCAAGGAUAUGUUCAAGACAGAUUGCAAGAUCGCCAUUGUCGUUGGUCGCGGCAUGACACUGCUUCAGCAGAACCCGCCGGCGAUCGAAUUGUUUUGGGCAGACAACGAGGAGGCAACAAUUGAUCCCGUGACCAAAUAUGUCAUGAUCGAAGCCCGUGAAGGAUAUUUUGAAGCCUCCCGCCACAUACUGGUUGCAAUGCAGAAGCUGAUGACAGAAAACGAUGAUCCUUCAGCUGCGAACGGACAAGACCCCGACCGGUAUAUCAACGUCGAUGUUCUCCAAGACUUUCCAAAGGAUAUGAAUUCGGGAAUGGACAAAUCUCAGAUGUCGGCUUGUCAGAAGAUGAUUACGAGUCGCAUUGCUAUUGUCCAAGGUCCACCAGGAACAGGAAAGACGUUCACCUCCGUCUCGGCUUUGAAAGUGAUGAACGCAAACUUGGCUGGUGAUGAUCCUGCAAUAAUUGUUGCUGCACAAACAAACCACGCUCUGGACCAGCUGCUUAAUCAUGUCCUCACCUUCGAGUCGAAUAUCCUAAGACUUGGUGGUCGAAGCAACAAAGCCAACAAGGCCAUCCUCGAGCGUACAUUGUUCAAUUUGAGGAUAAACAACACAGUCCCCGGUGGCAGAGCUGGCUUUAGACAAGCCCACAUUCAGGGAGCAAAAUGUGCGAGCGAUUUGAAGGCGACGUUGGAAACCUUGAUGACAGACAAGCUGUUGACCGCCGAAACUUUGAAAACCCAUGGUCUUAUCACCGAGUCCCAGUACAAGUCCCUAUAUGGAAAUUCUGACUGGGAGGGAGAAGACAUGAGUGGCGAUAUCGCUGAAUGUAAGAAUGGCGGUAAAGGGCUCACGGAGGACCAAAUCAUGCCGGUUCCAGAGACCGCUCCGGUAAAUCUCGGCCUCGCCGUCGAACAAGGUGACAUCGAGUACGAAGAACAGAUUGAAGACGUGGAUAAUGAAUUUAAAGCGGAUGCUGCUGAUGAAGAAAACAAGCUUGACGAUGAUGAAGGUUUGAAGGGAGAGUGGUUGCCGUUCAUGCGCAAGUUCACUGGCAGGCACUCUCACCCGCAAACCCUCAGCGAUAAGAAGAUUAAGCAGAAACUCGCAAGCUGGAAGAACUUGUAUGACGUUCCUGUGGCACAUCGUGGAGAGGUGUACCGCUUUUUGGAGAAGGAGAUGAACAAAAUAGUUCUCAAGGAACUGAAGGUUCGGUUCAAGGAAUAUCAAGACUUCGUCAACGGCUGGACCGUCACAAAGCGUAUGUCCGAUAUUCGCUUGAUUCGCCACCUCGGAAUCAAAGUCAUUGGAUGCACAACAACGGGCUUGUCCAAGUACCGCGGCCUCCUCUCUGCACUUCAGCCUCGCGUUCUCUUAAUCGAAGAGGCUGCCGAAACCUUGGAGGGGAACGUGAUUGGCGGUCUGAUGGACACCAUCCAGCACUUGAUCUUGGUCGGCGAUCACCAACAGUUACAGGCAAACUGCACCGUUCGUGCUCUUGAGCUUCACCCAUUCAAUAUGAGCAUCUCAAUGUUCGAGCGUUUGGUAAACAGCGGUAUCGGAUAUGUCAUGCUGAACGUCCAGCGUCGAAUGAUUCAAGAUGUUCGGCGACUGCUUUGUAUGGAUCCUGAACCCUUUUACAAGGAUCUGCAGGACCACCCAUCUGUGCUGGAUCGACUCCACAAUCGGCCGCCGGUUCCAGGAAUGGGUGGUCUGGAUACGUAUUUCUUCCACCACGGCUUCGGCGAGGCGACCAAUGCGGAAUGCAGUCGGUUCAAUCUCCAAGAGGCUCAGGUGAUUGCACGCUUCUUUUUGUAUCUCUGCCAGAACGGCGUUGAUGCUCGCAAGAUUUCGGUUCUAACAUUUUACACCGGCCAGAAGACCACUGUGAUUCAGGAACUUAACUGGAUCGAGGCUCUCAAGCCCAUGCGCCCUUUCAAUGUUUUCACGGUCGAUAGUUACCAAGGCGAAGAGAACGACAUCAUCCUCCUGUCACUGGUCCGCAGCAACAAGCAGAAUUUGAUCGGCUUUCUCGAUAGCAAGAAUCGUUUGGUCGUUGCACUAUCAAGAGCCCGGCGGGGGCUGUAUCUCUUUGGCAAUUCUACCACUCUGGCCGCCGCUGAGUCGGAUGAAGACAUUGUAGGCAGAGAUCCGCUCUGGGGUCCUCUUGUAUUGCACAUGACUCGCCAACGUCGAUUUAAUGUUGAUGGCGGCUUGCCAGUGACUUGUAGUAAGCACGGAAAAAUCACUCGACUUUACGAGGCUCGUCAUUUCGACCAGGUCCUGGCUGGCGGUUGCGAUCAACCGUGUGGAGGCGUACUUCCGUGUGGUCAUCCAUGCGAGGUUCAUUGCCACCCUGCCGACCAUACACAAAUAUCAUGCAAAGCAGCAUGUGUGCGUGUAUUGACUUGCGGCCACAAGUGCUCGAAGAAUUGCACAGCAAAGUGCUAUUGCGAUGCAUGCGGGUUGUGGGACGGUCAAUUUCAUGUGCCAAAUUAUGCCACUGAGAGCAUCAACCCUGUUGACAAUACUGGGCGCCUGGAUACUGUAUGGGGAGAAAGCCCGACAAAAAGUUCCACGAAGAAAUCAGCAGCGGAGUACUUGGUAGGAAAGCGUCGUGGUGAUCCAUUUCUAUCAACAUUAAACAAACCACAUUCGGGUUCAGUUCGAACUCGUGGUAGCGAUCCCAGUCCCCAGAUAUCAGUUGUUAGGAGAUCGACUUUCGGUGGUUCCAACCUCUCCCCGUUUACUCCUCAAGCUUGGCAAAACUGGGACGCGAAGAAGUCGGACGAAGAUCUCGUGGAGAAGCGCCGCCUUGAAGAAGCGUCUGCCCCAAAGAUUGAUCGCUCACAGUUGGUUUUCAAGGAGACAUUUAUCCCAACAACACUGAAUCAAAGUGGAGAGCGAGUCAUUGUUUCAUCUGGCC